GGCCGGAGCGAUGGCGGCGGUGUCUGAGAACGAGCGGCUGCUGAGCCGCGGCCCCGGGUACGGUUCGGCCGUGUUGGCCCCGGUACCGGAGGAGGAGGAGGUGAAGAAGGAAGAUCUGCGGCGCCGCCUCAAGUAUUUCUUCAUGAGCCCCUGUGAGAAGUACCAGGCCUGCGGCAGGCGGCCCGUGAAGCUCGUGCUGCAGCUCACCAAGAUCGUCCUUGUCACCGUGCAGGUGACACUGCCGGGGACAGCAGGGACAGGGGCUGGGACACUGGGGCUGGGACACAGGGACACCAGGGAGGGGACGUGGGGACUUUCGGGCGGAGGUGCGGGGAAGGGACACACGGAGACCUGGAAAGGGACAGAGCGUGGCCGUGUCACUGUGUGGGACAGCUGAUGGCAGCGGUGGCCUCUGUCCCCAACCACAGGGUGACACCGUGUGGGGUGAAAUGUGGCAGUGUCAUUGUGGUGGGACAGGUGCUGGCCAUGGUGGCCUCUGUCCCCAGGCUGUGGUGCCAUUUUGGUACAAAGCGCAGCAGUGUCACCACAUUGGGACAGGCGGUGUGUCACGAUCCACUCCUAAAAGCGGGGGUCGUGAUGAUUCGUUUCCCGAUCUCAGAGUGCAAAACACAGCACAGAGGGGAUUUCAGUAUUAAUCAGGAGAAAUGCAUUUUUUAUCGAUUGACCAUAGUAAAUGCGAUGGAUGGACUAAGAGAGAGAGAGAAGAAGCUAGAGAAAGAGAGAGAGGGAAGAGGGGAUAUAGCUACAAAACGUAGAGAUGGAGUCCUUGUGGUCCGGUCAAUGGAUCCGCCUGUCAUGUCGGGGAGAGUCUCUGGAAAUCUCUGGUUAACUCAGGAGAUUUUAUUAUAGUCCUCCAUCACAGGGGAAACAGGUAAUAAGAAUAAGUCUAUUGAAGCCACCGAGGGGGAACAGGUAGUCCAUGUUCUCAGCAGUAAGCAGAGCCAUUGUCUUCUUGGUCCAACGACCACACCUGCAGGCAAACAUCUCGCUUCGGUUAAAUCAGCCCCACCUCCGCGUCUUGGGGUUGUAGGGGUCUCAUGUCUCAGUCCUUGGGAGGGGGCUUCGAUCUCUGUCUGUCACAGUGGUUGUGAAGCAGAUGAGGGAUUUUCUGUGGGGGACCACCAGAGUUACCCCAGAAAGUCCACUUGGCCAAGAGGUGGGGAAAUUCAUAGGCUCUUGUCGUGAAGCAGGGACGGUGAAGCAGGUGCAAACUUCAGGUACAGAAUCGCCAUUACACCGCUCAAAGCCAGUGUACUGUGACGUGGUGACACAGGACAAUGCACCUGCGGACGAUUGGCGAGCAUCCACCUCGAGCAGGCCAGAACUGCAGUGGGAUCCUUGGCGUCCUCAUGAUGAUGGUGAGGCAAAGGAGGGGAACUUCAGACCAACUUUUACAGCUCCCUUUACCCAAAUUCCUCUGUGGGAUUUUGGGGCAGAAUUUUCCCUUUCCGAUGGUUUUUUUGGGGAUUUUGACGGCAGAAUUUUCCCUUUAUCAUUGUUUUUUUGUGGGAUUUUGGGGCUGAUUUUUCGGCUUUUCACUGGUUUGUCAAGGCGGAAUUUUCCCUUUUUUAGGGGAAGGAAUUCCAGUGUUUUUGUGGGGGAUUUUGGGGCCUCCCGGGGUGUUUUUUGUCCCCUCAGGCUGAUCAGUGUCACUGCGGAGUUCCAGCUUAAGGCCAUCAACAUCAAAACGAACCACAAAAUCCCUGACUGCUAUACCUUCAGUGUCACCAUCAGUGUCCCCACGUGUCCCCAAGGGUCCCCUGAGUGCCCCCUGGGUGUCUCCAAUGUCCCCAAUUGUCCUCUUCGUGUCCCCUUAGUGUCCCUCAUCUGUCCCUGUCUCCCUUGGCUAUCACCCUGUCCCUCUGUGGGCCCUGGGAGGCAGCGAGCAAGUGACAAUGACACAGUGACAAUGACACAGUGACAAUGACAGUGACAGUGAUGGUGACAGUGGCAAUAACAAUGAUAGUGACAGUGACAAUGGCAGAGACAGUAACAGUGACUGUGACAGUGAUCGCGUUGUUAGUGUGGAAACACAUAACCGCAGGAUGAUUAUAUGCUGAUGCUUUCAUUGAAGAGCUCUGGGAAUCAGGGGUACAGAUGGACCCAGAUCUGACUCUGACAUAGGUUUUUGAUGAACUUAUUUUUAUACCCUUUUCAUUAUAUAAUUAUAAAUUAAUUAUUAAACCCCUAUUGUUCUAUUGUAUAGGUUGAUCUUAUCCAAGCAUGAAUUGUUGUCAUUUUCAUCAGGUCUCCCAAAGUCCUUUCUCAUGAUUCUUGUUACAAUUACAUCACUUCUCAUAAUUCUCAUUACGAUUUACCAAUAAUCAUACUCAAUUACCAAACAAUCAUUACAUUUAACAAUCAUAUCAUUUAUCAUAUGGUGAUUAUGCAGGUCCAGUUUCACAUGAUCCACUAAAAACAAAGCUCAACAUUUGUUCCCAAGGCCUAGUAACCUCUCCCAGGCCUACCAGACCCAACCUUUCUUUCCACCCCCUGAAUCUAUUCUAUACAAUUCCCAUGAUUUUAGAAACAUUUUAACCCUAUGCUAUCAGUGUUAAUGACAAUGAGAGUGACAGUGAUAAUUACAGUGACAGUGAGAGUGACAGUGACACAGAUCCCAGGAACGAGCACAGAUCCAUUAGCGAUUGGGAAUGGGCAGGGAGCCCAGGAAUGGGCACGGAUCUAUUGGAGAUUGGGAACAGGCACGGAUCCCAGUCCUGGCACCGGAGGAGGAAGAAUUUUGGGAAGUGUGGCCAAGCUCCUGCCAGCUCUGGGCAGUGCAGGGAAAAGACCCUACAGGGAUAAAUUAAUUGCGAUUUGAAUUGGGAAUUGCAGCCAGCAGGGCAAGGGCAGAAUCUGGCAAGAGGGGAGAGGGACCAGGAAUGGGACUGGGAGUGGGGAUCAGGAAUGGGAAUAUGGGAUGGGGAUUAGGAAAGUGGGAGUGGGAUCGGAAACGGGAAUACAGGAAGGGGACUGGGAACUGGAGCCGCUCAACCUGGGGAGCCCAAAGCCCUGAGCAGUCCCCAAAUCCCUGCCAGGAAGCCUCAACUCCCUGGCACCCAGCAUCCCCCACACCCCUGGAAGAUCCCCCCAUGUCCCCAUCCAUGCCUUUGUUCAAAAUCUUUAUUUUUACCCCGUUUUUGGCAUGUUUGGA